AGUUACAAAACAAAUGUUUCUGAUAAAACACAGGCAAGGCUAAAAUUCUACAACAGCAGCGAUCUAAAGACUAUAGGCCUACAUGAAAAAUGAGUUUUGAAGGUAGAAAUUCUAAACUCAAAACACAAAAACUACUUAGUGAAGAAAAAUGGAGCAAGCUGGAACAAGUACUGAAGCCCCUCAGCCUGACUGAUGAGAUUCUAGAAAAACUUAUGCAUGAAUUCAAAGAACAAAUGCAUCUAGCCAACAGCUCAGAUGAAAACAUCAGGAAAAAGUCAGACCUAAUGCUGGGCGGAUUUAUCAGGAGAUUACAUAAUGGAACAGAGCAGGGAGACUACCUGGGUCUAGAUCUGGGAGGUACCAAGUUCCGUGUGGUUCUAGUCAGAUUUAAAGAUGGAGUUGCAGACACAACAACACAGUACUACGAACUGACUGAUGAAACUCUGAGUGGACCUUCUGCUGGGGUGUUUGAUUUUAUUGCUGAAAGUGUUCAAGAUUUUCUUCUAAAUCAAGGGCUGGCUAAUUCAAAGGAAAAAAUUCCAGCAGGUUUCACUUUUUCAUUUUCGUCCAGACAACUUGCAUACAAUAGGAUCAUCUUGACCAGCCCUAAAAAGUUCAAAUGUCCAGAUGGUGUUGGUGGAAAUCCUGUUGCCAUGCUUGAAGCUGCCAUACAGAGGAAAGCCAAGGACUUGCCUGUGGACGUGGUGGUUGUCUUGAAUGACACAGUGAGUGCUCUGAUGGCAGGAAACGGCCUGGAUUAUAAAUGGAGAUUUGGGCUUGGGAUAGGUACUGGAGCUAACGCAGCUUUUGUAGCAAACAUUUCAGACAUUGAAAGAUGGACAGGAGACUAUGAGAACCCUCAGCAAGACAUUUCACAUGUAAUGUUGGGAUCUACAGGAGACAACGGCUGUAUGGACUUCUACACAAGUGAAUACGAGAAAGAAAUCGACAAAUUUUCAAAUAUUCCAGGAUCCUACACGUUUGAGAAAUCGUUCUCAGGGUUGUACCUGGGAGAGUUUGUGCGUCUGGUUUUGGUCAGGCUGAUCAAAGAUGGGACACUUUUCAAUGGCCAGGGAGGGAAGUUGGUGGAUGGGAGGUGGGAGUUUACAACCUCCCAUGUUACAUCCGUGGAGAGUGAUGUAGGUGAUUCCACAACAAACACAAAAAAUGUUUUGAAGAAAUUUGACCUAGAUUCUGUGGCUACAGAAGAAGACAUUGCCAUUGUGAGAGAAGUGUGUGAGUUUAUUUCAUAUAGAGGAGCCUACAUCAUAGCUGCUGUCAUGUCAGUUCUCAUCAACUAUGCCAGACAAUCUGAAUUAACUAUUGGAGUUGAUGGUUCAAUUCACGAAAGGCACCCAAAGUUUCACAACAGCAUGAUGGAGGUGUUUGAGAAGUUUAGUCCACAGACUAAGGUAAAAAUGAUUUUGGCCAAGGAUAUAAGUGGCCAAGGUGCAGCAUUUGCUGCUGUAUUAGUACUACGACAGAUGGCCAAGGGACUUCGCUGCUCUUAACAGGGACAUAAAUUUCAACAUUCUGGCUACAAUUCCAAAAUAAAAUUUAGUACAUUUAUAAACAGAGACAGGAGGUUAGAACUGAAAUAAAGGUAGACCAGCCUAUCACUUCCUGAGUAUAGUCUUUUUCAACAAAAUAGAAAAUUAAUGUUUAUUGACUAGGCACGUGAAGACUUGUAGUUUAGAGUCAAAAGAGUUAAUACAGUGACCCUUUCAGUUAUUGCUUAAGUGUUUUAAUGUCAUUUUUUUAAAAUUUUAUGUAACAAUUUUAACUAAAUGCUUAAGUGUAAAGUUUGAAUUUUCAUGUUUUGUUCAAAUUGUUUGUCCCUAUUAAAAAUGUCAGCUAACAUUUUCAAAGUAGUUUGUAAAUAAUUAGUUAGCCAAAUUUCUUCUAUAAAAUAGUUUUUAAUUUAAGCUGUUUCCAGUAUGUGAAUUUAUUCUUUGAAAGGAAGAGAUUUGAUGUUUUUUGUUGUUUGUUAUGCAUCAUUUAUUUAAAUCUGUUUGAUAAAUUAAAUGCUUGUCAAAUUCAAAUAAAACAAACUUCUGUAUCUUUAAAUUAUUAAAUAUUUGAUAAUCAAUAUUUAAGCUGAAUUUGUAUUUAUAUCUGCCAUCAAUUAUUUGAAAUGUAAUAAAAUUGU